UAUUAGUUAAACAACACAGAGAAAAAUACACUCUUUAUCAAAGAGAACCAAAAGAUAAGGAAGCGGAGAGGAUAAAGACAUUUCACCUCACCACCUCCUCUCUACUUCUUCUUCUUCAUCAUCUUUCUCUGUCUUCUGUAAUAGAAACACAACCAAUGGGUUCAAUGUCGAACCCCAACCCAUGGUCUCCAUACGACUCCUACAACGACUGCUCUCAAGGAGUCUGCAACAUCUACUGCCCGCAAUGGUGCUACCUAAUCUUCCCUCCUCCUCCUCCUUCCUUCCUCGACGACGAAGACUCCUCCUCUCCCUCCAGCUUCUCCCCUCUCCUCAUCGCCCUCAUCGUGACCCUCCUCACCGCCUUUAUCCUCGUCGGCUACUACACUCUCGUCUCUAAAUACUGCCGCCGCCCCCGCCGCGAAACCUCCUCCUCAGAACUUUCCGGCGGCGUAUCCAGCUCCAGUGCAUUGGCGGGUGGAGAUGGUCUCAACGACGCUCUGAUUAAAUCGAUUACGGUUUAUAAGUAUCGCAAGGGAGAUGGACACGUGGACGGUUCAGAUUGCUCCGUUUGUUUGAGUGAGUUCGAAGAGAACGAGAGCUUGAGGCUGUUGCCGAAGUGUAACCACGCGUUUCACCUUCCGUGUAUCGACACUUGGUUGAGGUCUCACUCUAACUGCCCUCUCUGCCGCGCUUUCGUCACCGGAAUCAAUCCGACGAACCAAUCGAACGCCGUUCAUCCGAUCGCGACGGAGUCUGUUAAUCGCGGCGGCGGAGGAACAGAGAUUAGCUCAACUGUGGUUGAGUACAAUCACCAAACCGGCGAUUCGGUCGCCGUCGUCGUCGAAGAUCUGGAAAUCGGAUUGCGAUCGCAACCGCCGGAGGAGCAGCGAGACGCGACGAAGGAUGAAGAAGAUCCUCCGCCGCGGAUUCGGAGAUCGGUGUCGUUGAUCGCCGAUGUACUGCGGGAGAUUGACGACGACGAGGGAGACGAAAUAUUCGCCGGAGUCGGAACUUCUCGGCAGCGAGAGGAAGAUGGAGAUGGCGAAGGGAGAACGCCGCCGCCUACGGCGGCGAAGAGUUCAAUGGGGAUGAAGAGAUCGGUAUCGACGGGAAGAUUCAACUUCUCGAGGUAUGAUCGAGCUAGAAAUUACAGUUUACCCAAUUAAAUACUGUAAAACAUUAUUUCUUAUUGAUCUUUUUUUUACUGUGUUUAGUAAAUUAAUGAUAAUUCACACUUCAGUACAAAGAUCUAUCCAGUGAUCACUUUUUGAAAUGAUGAAAAGUAAAAGUGUUCAUUACU